AUGAUUGCCAAAAUCGUGCUCGUCGCUUUAUUGGUUGCUGUUGCCUCAGCAGCGGACACAUGUAUCCACUGCAUUUGCCUUCAUGAGUCCGGUUGUAAGGCUAUCGGAUGCAAUAUGGAUGUCGGAUCGCUCUCAUGUGGAUAUUAUCAAAUCAAGCUCCCCUACUAUCAGGAUUGUGGUCAACCCGGGAAACAAUCCGGAGACACGACUGAAACCGCCUGGAAGAGAUGUUCCGAUGAUUACUCGUGCGCGACAACCUGUGUCCAGAAUUACUACAAUCGAUACAGGAGUCAGUGCAACGGUUUGGGAAUGGGCGAUUGCCAGAUUAUGGCUCGAAAUCACAAUGGAGGCCCUCAAGGCUGCAAGAACUCAGCCACCGUCGGCUAUUGGAACAACAUCAAAGGGUGCUGCGGAUGCUCG